AUGCUUAAACGAAUUUUGGAACUGAUGUACAUCGAGCCGGAGUUGCUGGCCGAACUGGACGAGGAACAGAAGCAGUUACUCUUCUACAAAAUGAGGGAGGAACAAAUCAGGAGAUGGAAAGAAAGAGAAAGAGAGAUUGGGGACAAGGCAAUAAAAAUUCCAUUCAACUUUACGCGGAAAUCUAGAAAGCCUAAAGGUUGUUUUUAA